AUGGACCUUGCCAACCCCGAGGCGUUCAAGGCCUGUUAUGCCCAAUUCAGAAAAUCUGAUACCGAUCGCGAUGUCCUCAUCACCCAGCUCCUCAGCAGCUAUGAGGAUCUGCAGAUCAGAUACCGCAAUGUUAUGGACCAGCUCCAAGACGAGAAGGAGACCGCUAGGAUUUGGCAGAGGGAAACCAGAGAUGCCCGCCGACAGCUCAGCCAGUCCAAGCUUGCUAAUGAAUCUCAACCUUUUGUUGUUAUGAUCAUUGAUGGCGACGGUGCCAAAUUUCGAGACGAGUAUUUCAGAAAUGGCGAUAAUGGCGGCGGCCAGGCAGCCCAGCAGCUGAGGACUCAGAUCAAGCUCCAGCUCCAGGAGAUCUACCCUGAUAACAGCACCGACAACUGGAACAUCUUGGUCUUCUUCUAUGCCAAUAUGGACGGCCUGGGCAAGGUACUUGCCGCCCGCCGCAUCCUUAAUACCUGGACCGAUCUACAGAAGUUCGCCUCCGGCUUUGGUCGAGCCAAUAGCCUCUUCUCCUUUGUUGAUGUGGGCUAUGGAAAGGAUAAGGCCGACCACAAGUGUCAGGCCAUGCUGAAGCAGAUGCUGCACACAACUUCAUGCCGCCAUGUCUUCUUCGGGCCCUGCCGUGAUAAUGGAUACCUAAACCUGCUGGAGGAGUACAAGCACGAUCCCAUCAAGAAGGAGAAGCUCACCCUGGUCGCAACUGAGCCUGCGGGGCCGGGGUUUGUCAGCCUCGGCUUCACCAUUGUCACUUUCCCCGGUGUCUUUCGAGCCGAACCUCUGGAUACCGCAGGCUCCCGACACCCACUGUCACCACUGUCACCAACUGGUCUUGAUAUAGGCAUUCAGCCAUUCCCACCUGCCCCAGGCCUGACUCCCGCCCCCGACCAGUAUGAUGUAUCAGAGGAGGUAUCCAACGGCUCAGCGCCAUCCACCUCGAACGGCAACGGAAGUGCGACCGGAAAUGCCAACGGUGCUGCGUCCACCUGGGCCGUGACUGCCAAGCUUAGUAAUGGUCCGAUCAUCGACAUCUACAGCAAGCAAAAGCCUCCGCCGAAGCUCAAGUACGCACUAUUCAACGCUUCCAACCUGCGGGUCGACGAGCGCCUCCCCGUGGCGGAUCCAACGGCAAUCAGGUCCCUCGAGAAUAAGGCCCGGGUCCAAGGUUCCAACUUCUGUAACCACUACCAUUUGAGCGGCAGGUGUGAAAAGGCCGAGAACUGCGAGUAUCAGCACGACGCAAAGCUUUCGUCUUCAGAGCGAUUAGCGCUGUGGCACAAGAGCCGUGGUAUCGUGUGCUCCGAUCAGCAGUGGUGUGACAGUCCGUAUUGCCUGAGUGGACACCAUUGCAAGAACAUCUACGACGGUCGACCUUGCCUCUGGGGUGCAAGAUGCUUUUUCAAGGAUACACAUGAGGCUGACGUCAAGGCAACUCUAAAGGUUUUUGAGGAUGGAACCCGCGAGAUCCUCGCGAUUUGACGGCAACCUAUAGGAAUAACUUGAGCUUCUGACAAGCGAUGUCUAUAGUGGGUUGAGACUUG